AAUGUAGCACAGGAACAGGCUGAACAUUUUCUAGUGUCAGCGUUGACCCCCGCGUUGACCUCCGGCGCCCGCAGGUCGGGUCACGGCGCGUGGUGCAAUUCGCCGCCGGCCUCAUGGUGCUGCAGGGGGUCGUGGGCAAGCUGGGAGCCGUGUUCAUCAUCAUCCCGCAGCCCGUAGUCGGCGGCCUCUUCUGCGUUAUGUUCGGAAUGAUAUCGGCCUUCGGUCUCUCAGCACUUCAGUAUGUGGACCUGAACAGCUCGAGGAACCUGUACAUCAUAGGGUUCAGCCUGUUCUUCCCGCUGGUCCUGACCCGGUGGAUGGCGGCUCACAGCGGCGUCAUACACACGGGGCUGGAGGCGCUGGACGCGGUGCUCCAAGUGCUGCUGUCCACCUCCAUACUCGUGGGGGGCGCCGUCGGCUGUCUGUUGGACAACGUGAUCCCUGGUACUGAUGAAGAGCGAGGGCUAGCGGCCUGGGCUAAGGAGAUGUCUUUAGAAGCAGCUGGAGCCUCCGACGAUGGAGACACCUAUGACUUUCCCAUCGGCAUGAGUCUCAUACGACGCUGGAAAUGGACUUAUUACCUUCCGUUUAUGCCAACUUAUGAAAAAGGGAAAUUCACAGCGUUGUUCGUAAAGAAGAAAUUGUAAAUAUUAUAUGUAUAAUAAAGAAAUGCGA